CACUGAAACACCAGUGGCUGGCUGACGCUUUCAUUUAAUAGGUCUCAACACGGCUGACUCGUAAUUUAACUCCUCAAUUCAUCCUCUUUUCUUAAAAAAGAAGCCCGGAAUGAGAUGGGACUGUGAUAGGGGCCAUUUUACAGUCAGACUACAACGAGUAACAUCUGCUGGCAAUGGAUACCCUGCCAGUUGGUUGGACUGUAUUCACCAGCGACCAGGACGGAGAUGGGACCAAGCUCCUGAAGGGAGGAUCAGCCGACACCAACGCACACGUUCAUGAUCUGUUCCACGAGGAUGCACAGAGUUUCCACCAGCCCAGCCAGCCGUGGUGGAGGAUCAAGCUGUUCGUGUGGGAGCCGGUGCUUUUCGGCACCUGGGACGGCGUUUUCACCACCUGCAUGAUCAACAUCUUUGGUGUAGUUCUGUUCCUGCGGACCGGCUACCUGGUGGGGAACACCGGUGUGCUGUUGGGGAUGUUCCUCGUCUCUAUGGUUGUGAUUGUUGCACUAGUCACAGUGAUGUCAGGGAUCGGAGUGUCGGAGCACUGUGGCGUGGGCAGCGGAGGAAUCUACUCGAUGAUCUCAAACGUCCUUGGAGGAAGGGUGGGGGGCACUGUGGGCCUCCUCUACGUGUUUGGACAGUGUGUGGCUGGAGCCAUGUACAUCACGGGCUUCUCUGAGUCGGUGGCUGAGCUGCUGGGGCUGCAGAGCCAGUGGGCGGUCCGCUGCAUGUCAGCAGCAGUGCUGCUGGCUUUGCUGGGAAUCAACCUGGCAGGUGUGAAGUGGAUUGUCAGACUCCAGCUGCUGCUCUUGGCUGUGCUGGCCGUCUCCACUCUGGACUUUGUCAUCGGCACCUUCACGCACCUUGAUCGUGAGCAUGGUUUCAUUGGUUAUUCACCCGGGCUUCUCAGCUCCAACACAGGACCAGAUUAUACCCCAGGAGAAAACUUUUUCACUGUAUUCGGAGUUUUCUUCCCUGCGGCUACAGGGGUAAUGGCAGGCUUCAACAUGAGUUCAGACCUGCAGCGGCCCGAGCACAACAUCCCCGUGGGAACACUGGCAGCUGUCUUCACCUCGUGGUUCCUGUAUCUGGUCUUUGUCUUCCUCCUGGGGGCCAUCUGCACCAGAGAAGCUCUGCGCUAUGACUUCUUGAUAGCAGAAAAGGUCUCCUUGGUGGGUUUCCUCUUUCUCCUGGGCCUAUACAUCUCCUCCCUGGCUUCCUGCAUGGGCGGCCUGUAUGGAGCACCCAGGAUCCUGCAGUGCAUCGCCCAGGAGAGGGUCAUCCCCUCGCUGGCCUUCCUGGGAAGAGGGAAAGGCCCAAACAAGACCCCAGUGGCAGCCAUCUGUCUGACCGGCCUGCUGACGAUGGCCUUCGUUUUCAUCGGCCAGGUCAACGUGCUGGCACCCAUCGUCACCAUCAACUUCAUGCUCACCUACAGCUUCAUCGACUACUCUUACUUCAGCGUUACCAUGACCUUCCAGCUUCAGACGAAACAGAAGAAGAAAGUUUCGGGAAGAAAAAAGCGGCAAAGGUCAACCAGGCAGAGUUCCAGACCGCUGAUUGAUUCCUCUCUCCCCGGCUAUGGAAGUGGAGGCGAAAGUCCACAGACUAAAGGCACUCUGUUGGAGUUCACAAAGGACAUGGACCAGAUCUUUCCGUCUGUAUCAAAACUUGAUUCCGGGACUGAAACGAUCCCCUCUCAACAAGAACACCAGAGCAGAAAAGCGACCAAUAAGCAGACGUUGAUGGCCAGCUUUGGACUAGACUUGAACAGCAAUGAAUUCUCAAAGAAGAAAGGAGAAGAGGCGUGCUCACCUCCACCAGAGGAAGUGGCUGAGGUUGAGUGUGACGAUGGAGAGCUCGGAGCUUCAGAGCAACCUCCAGUCGAAUGCGCUGAACUGGAUUUGUCUGCCGAUACUCUGAAUCACAGCACAGAUGCUGGAGAUAAAACAGAACACCAGAGCUUUGAAAUCCAACCAAUGAACGAUUCCUUCUAUUCAAAGUUUUGUAACCACUGGAUUGCUCUUAUCGGGGCACUGGGUUCCAUAUUGAUCAUGUUUGUAAUUCAGUGGAUUUAUGCUUUGGCAAACAUACUGGUUGCCUUGCUGCUCUUCUUCUACAUCGGCAAAACAAGCCCCGGACUACCUACAGGUAUUGCAGCUCAGUUCAGCUUUUUCACUUGGCUGAAGUCCACUCUUGGUAGCAUUUGCAGGAGGAAAGAACGUCUCCGAGAUGAGAUCGUGGUGACUCCAUCUCUGUCCGCAAUCGGCCUCAAAACCAAGCAACUGACGAAGGACAACGUCGACUUCGCCUCUCGUCACCGCUUUCACCAGUCGUCGUUCGUGAGCCGAUAAGAUGCUACAACCGCCGUGCCACUGACCGACUCACAACACAGUUACAGUAAAUGUCAGCCGACCGCACAUUUUCUGCUUCAGAUAACCAUGUUUUGUGGACUGCAUGCUGCACACGUUUUUUUUUUUUUCUAUCUUCUCUUUAAUACAGACUGUGGAGUGGCUCAGAUCGUUUUCCAGUAAUAGUUCAGCCAAUCUGAGCUUCUCAGAGCCCUGCAGCAUGGGUUUGUGUAAGAAAACAGAACAUUUUAGGUUCUGGAGGUACAGAUCAGGUUUGUCCCAGAUCUUUUGCAGAAAAAAAUGUCCAUGUUGAUAUACUUUGAUAGGUUUUGAUAGGGUGUUUGAGCUCAAUGUGCUGCAGGAAUGAGAUGACGCCAACAUUUUGAUUUGAAAAUGAAGUUGAGGUUUAAAACCUUAUGUACGUUUUGCACUUUCACUUGUAAUUUAUUUCAGGUGUAUGCACUAAUACCUCACUUGCUAUGGUAAUAAUGCCAUCAUAGUAUGGCUACUUUGCCUUGAUUUCUUCUGCUGGUCGUCAAUAGAGACUGAGUCUGUUUAGAGUGGGUGAAAAUUACUGUAUAUUUAAUAGACAGUAUGAGAAUAAAGCAGAAACAAGAAAAAGAAUCUUUGUCUUUGAAAUAAAAUACUGUACUAUAAAUAAUGUUUUGCCACCUCGGCUGUUUUGUAAUUUUGGCUUUUUUCUUUUCUUCGUUUCAGCACAGAGAUUUGUCUAAUAAAAUAAACUUGUCUCCAUUUUGAAAAAUGCAAGUUGACAACCUUGAUUUCUCCAGACAUAUGAGAUUUUGAAGCAAGUGGUCUGUAUAUGUGGUGCUGGAGAAAAAGUAUCUGUAGCCCAAAUCCAAACAUGCCACCAGAGCUAUUCAUAGCAGCAAGAGAAACAAGGUUGUGUCCACACAGCCCUAAAGUCUCAGGAACAUUACCUGAAGAAACGCAAGACGGCUUAAAUCCAUAGAACACUCGUACCAAACUUGACCCAAUCAAAUACCUUGGAAAACUGCACAAAAAGAGUACAUACAGUAGUUAAGUUUGAAUUAUCAGCAAAUGCUAAGUCCAUUGAGAUUUUAGCCCCUUUAAAUCUCUACACUUUACACCCACAAUUUCACUGCUACACAUCCCAUGCAGUUAUUAAAUUAGCAGAUGAUGCAUCUGUACUGGCUCUCUUCUCUGGAGAAGAUGAAUCUGCAUGAUGACGUCCUGAUGCUGAUGAUGCGGUCCACGAAGAACAACUUGGUGUUGAACACCUGAGAGUCUGAAGAACUCAGUCUAGACUACAGGAAGAAAAAAAUCAUAUGUUCAUCCUCGGGACGUUAAUGGUGACUGCAUGGACCCCCUGCACAUGGUCAACAUGGAUUACUUCAGGUUCCUGGCCGUACAUGUGGGGAUACAGUGACCUUUCGAUGUCCAUGGAAGGUGCCCAGAGCUACUGAGUCAGAGUUUGGUUCGCCAGCUGCUCAGCGGCAGAGUGAAGUUCUCCAAAAGGUCAUGACCGUCCUUGAAGAAGUCAUCGGCUGCUGCUUCGUGACAUUUCCAGUUCAAGCUGCCUCAUAAAAGUUUGCAUCCUCCUCCAGGACCCACUACCCCCAUCAUAUCCUGGACAUUACUUCGUUGAAAUAUUAUAGCUCCACAACAAAUUUCCCACAAGGGAUGAAUAAAGUAUAGUAUAUUCUAUUCUGAGGAAACCGAAAAAAGGAAAUCUUUCUAUCAGGGCUUUUACGGCAUCUAAGAAUAACACUAAAUUCUUUGAAACUAUUCAAUAAUAAGCAAUUAUUAUUAGAUAAGGAGUGUGUGUGUGCAAUUUAAUGGUCUUUUUUUUUUUUUUUAGAUGUAUGUAUCUUAAUUUCUUGAACAUUGAUUUAUUCAUGCUGUUUUGUAACACUGACAGACAACCUGCUGUCUAUGUACCAUCAUAUAAAAGUUGGCGCUUUUUGGGGGGGAGCGGGUGUUCUCUGGGCCAAAGCCCAUUUAAAAUGUUCUGAGACAAAAUAAAAAACUCUUCUGUGGUCGGAAUAAUCAAAAUUUUAAAUUCUAUUUGGAAACGAUGGAUGUCGUGUCCUGUGGACUGCAAAGGAGAACCAUCCAGAUUAUCAGUGCUAGGCUUAAAAGCCUGUAUCUUUGAUAGUAUGGAGUUGCGUCGCUGUCUAUGGCAGCUUACACAUCAAUGCUGAAUGGUACGUGGAGGUUUUAUAGCAACAAAUGCUCCCAUCUAGACAAUGUGUCUUUAAGGAAGGGCUUUGCAUUAUUCAGCAACAUGAUGAUAAACCACAUAUUGCAUGCAUCACAAAAAAGUAUGGCUUUGCAGGAGAAGAGCCCGGGUGCUGAACUGGCCUGCCUGCACCCUAAACCUUUCACCAACCAAACAUUUGAUGCAUCAUGAAAUUAACAACGUUCCUCUUCUAAAACUCCUAAAACUAAGAGGGAAAGUUACACAAUGCUGAAUAUUGCCCAGUUCCAGCUUUUGUGAGAUAUGUCACUCCCAUCAAAUUCAAAAUGAGCAAAUAUUAUCCAUGAAAUGGCAAAAUGUCUCCGUUUUUACAUUUGAUGUGUUUAUGUUCUAUU